UCUCUCUCUCUCUCUCGACAAGGCUUCGGGCUCCGGCUUCCAAUCCAAGAACGAAUAUCUUUUCGGCAAGAUCGACAUGCAACUCAAGCUAGUCGCUGGAAACUCCCUGGCACUGUCACUGCAUACUAUCUAUCCUCAAAAGGGUCAACGUGGGACGAGAUAGACUUUGAGUUCUUGGGAAACCUGAGUGGCGAUCCAUACAUUCUUCACACCAACGUGUUCAGCCAAGGCAAGGGAAACAGGGAGCAGCAAUUCUAUCUCUGGUUCGACCCGACCGCUGAUUUCCACACCUACUCCAACCUCUGGAACCCGCAACGCAUCAUAUUCUCAGUGGACGGCACUCCGAUCAGAGAAUUCAAGAACGCGGAGUCGAGCGGCGUCCCGUUCCCCAGGAGCCAGCCGAUGAGGAUCUACUCGAGCCUGUGGAACGCGGACGAUUGGCCGACGAGAGGCGGGCUGGUGAAGACGGACUGGUCGCGAGCCCCGUUCACAGCGUCGUACAGGAACUUCAACGCCAAUGCCUGCAUCUGGUCCUCCGGGUCGUCGUCCUGCGGGCCCGGCGCCGCCUCGAGCGAUGGCAAUUCUUGGCUCACGCAGGAGCUGGACACGACCAGCCAUGGGAGGCUGAAGUGGGUGCAGCAGAAUUACACGAUCUACAACUACUGCUCCGACUCCAAGAGGUUCCCUCAAGGCCUCCCUCCGGAGUGCAACCUCUCUUAGAAUAGAGGAGGGCGGAGGAGAGAGAGAGAGAGAGAGAGAGAGAGAGAAUGCUAGGCUUUGAACAUAGGACAAAUUCUUUCAUUGAACUUUCAUAUUCUUUAGUAUGGUUGACGAUACCUUAUUCUAUAUGUGAUAUUUG